CUCGGCUAACGGUGCCCUAUCCGUCAUACUUCCAUUCAGCCUGUGGAGGUCUUUCUUCGACUGGGGCGCUAUCCGAUAGCGACCACGCCGCGCCGUCAAUACCCCGCCUUCAUGGUCUUCGUGACCUGAAGACGAAAGUUAUAUAGACUGAUGAGGGCUCUGGUAAUGUAAAUGAUGGUGUUCUUCAUCUUUGACGAGAGCAAUUGAUACGCUCAUCUUUCGGCAAUAUCACAAUACCACAAUAUGACGGCCAAACCAACCAUUAUCUUUGUUCCUGGGGCAUGGCACUUGGCAAGUGGGUAUGACGCAGUUAUUGCAGAGCUCAAAGAUGCGGAAUACGAUGCGGUGAAGGUAGAGCUCCCGUCUAUCGGGGUCGAGCCAGGUCUUCAAACAUGGGAGAAGGACGUCGAAAGCGUGCGUUCAGCAAUCAGCAAAACCGUUGAAGCCGGCAAAGAUGCAGUACUAGUCGCUCAUUCGUAUGGUAGUAUGCCAGCGAACGAAGCCGUGAAAGGCUUCGAGAAGACGGCUAGACAGGAGCAAGGAAAGAGUGGCGGAAUAAUCAGUUAUGUAUAUUGUACUGCCUUUGUGCUACCGGAGGGCCUGUCGCUCAUUGAUGCACUUGGAGGAAACGAUCUCCCCUGGUGGAAGAAGUCGCAAAAUGAUACGAUUGUCGAACCAAUCGAUCCGGCUACAAUAUUUUACAACGACCUAAAUGCGGAAGCCCAGAAGAACUGGAUUAGCAAGCUAAAGACUUUCAGCUAUCGGAUGUUCUAUCAUAAGUCAACAUACGCAGCAUGGCGUCACCUACCAUCUUGGUAUAUAUACUGUACGCUCGAUAAUGCGAUCCCUCAUCCAGUACAGCAGAGCAUGGUUCAAGGAACAGGUGUCAACUUCCGGAGCGUUACUCUCGAGGCCAGUCACAGUCCCUUUUUAAGCAAGCCAAAGGAGACAGCGUAUGCUAUUCGCAAUGCUGCUGGUGAGAAUGUUUGACGAUGGUGCGGUUGUGAGAGAUGAGAUACCCUGGAGGUUGUAAACAGAAAUCCUUAUCUUAGUUUUUACUUUACGGAUCCCUAAUGGUUGAGCUGAAUGUGUUAGACAUCUGUUCGUCACUGCAAUGAAAAUGUCUAUACGGGUUCUUACGCAGUCCGCACCCAUAAGUGAUUCAACUUUUACACAACCUGGAAAACCAUAAAUGAAGAGAUGUGGGACUAGGUCGAUGCUGCGAUUGCGGGGAUUUCGAAGAGUUGACCUUUACAAGUCUAACUCAGAGCAGUUUAGCUUGAGUUAAUAUCUAUAGCACUUAGCGUUGCUCGUUACUUACAAAGAG